AUGGCGAAAGACGAACUCUGGAAUGCAUUUGACGCAGUCGUCGGAUGGUUGAAGCCCAACUUUCCCUCUCCAAAAAAAGUCCUGCGUGUGACAUCACUGGGAGCCUCCCAAAUCCCGCUCUGGAAUAACCAUCCCAUGGGGCAUACGCCAGAAGUGGCAGAAUUCCAUUCUUGUCCGGAUCCGCAGCUGAGUUGCAAAGUUGAGUUCAAUUCACAGGAUACAUGUUGCUUCAAUUAUCCUGGUGGACAGCUUCUACAGGUGCAACUUUGGGACGUUGAUCCACCCAGAGGACCUGAGGAUGGAUGGACAAUCCAUGGGCUAUGGCCUGAUCAUUGCGAUGGGAGCUUCGACCAAUUCUGCGAUGACAGUCGUCGCCACCAGAAUAUAUCCGCUAUCAUUGAACAAAGUGGCAAGAUGGAGCUAUUGGAUUUGAUGAGAGCUCGCUGGAAAAAUAUUCGUGGCGAUGACGAGCACCUAUGGAUACAUGAAUGGAAUAAACAUGGGACAUGCAUCAGCACUCUGGAGCCCCGUUGCUACCCGGAUUACGUUCCCCAGCAGGAAGUUGUGACGUAUUUUCAGAAGACAGUUGAUUUAUUCCUCAAGUUGCCGUCUCAUGAGAUUCUUUCCGCCGCUGGGAUUGUCCCAUCAGAAACGGAAACUUACUAUCGUGAUGCGAUAGAAUCUGCCUUGAAAAAAGCCCAUGGUCAGGACGUUAGGAUUAAGUGUCAACAUGGCAUGCUCAGUGAGAUAUCUUACAACUUCAACGUUGCAGGGCCAUUAGAGUUGGGAAUAUUCAUUCCAGCAAGUCCAGUUGGUGCCGCAUCCAAUUGCCCUCUGAAUGGAAUCCGCUACAGGCCCAAGAAAACGUCGCGUCGAGAGCCAUCUCCUACAAAGACAUUUCCGGAGCCAACUGGAGCGCCUCCAACAGGAUCUCCGUUUGUCGAUGACUUUUUCCUUAAAUCAAGCAAAGGACUCUGCGCCUUCGACGAUGACGAUGGCUUCAUUUGCAGCGCAGACGUAGACAACCCAACUGCAUUUACAGCGAUGGACGAAUUGCUAUCCCUCGGCGAACAAACUGUAUUUUACUCGGACGUCAUCCCGCGACGUCGAGGCCAAAGCCCUAUCUACAAAUCAUCAGAACAGCAUCCACUAUCGUUAGAAAUUCACUGGCGUGAGGCUUAG